AUAUGGUAAAAACGGGUAUCACAAUUUGGUCGUCUCCCUCUGCCUCUCUCGUUUUCACACCCUCUCUCAGUCUCCCUGAUCUCAAUAACCCUAUUAACAUUGAAUUCUACCUCUCGCCACCACCUUCCACCCCCCCGGUCUCGGUUUCUCGGAAGGAAUCAGCUAAACGUUGUCGUCUUCGCCUUCUUCGAGUACCAAAGUGGCACAGAAUACUCUUCGGGACUUUUUCAGAGAUUAAUUUUUCCAUGGAGAGCUCGGAUGAUGAAAAGGAUGGAAUCUUUGGGAAUUACAUUCCAACAGAACUGACACGUGUUUUGGUAUCCAGUGGAGUAAACUUUGUGGAUCAAGUAGUGAAUGGGCAAAAUGAACUUUGUUUGGACAAUUUUCGAAUGGAUAAGCAUGUAUGUUACAAGUUGGGCGACAUUUUGCGAGCCGAAGGCUUGGUACGCCACACAAAUCGAAUCAAGAUUGAGGAGCAAUUAGCCAACCUUUUUAUAUAACAACUUUUCAUUCUUCCUA